CAUCUGCAUAGGGAGGAGGGUUUGGAAGGAAAGAGGUGGAGCUCUAGCAGGGACCUAUACAAGUCAGCUCCCCCUCCCACUCGCUCAAACCACGGACGAAACGGCUGCUGUCUGGACUGGAUGAUUGGGCAAGAGUCCUCCCGUCGUUCUUGCCAGGAUUGGUCCAAUGAUUCUUUUCGAAGUUUGCAGCAUCCAAUUGAAAGACGGGGGCGGAGCUAAGAUGGAUACCAACUCAAAAGACAGCGAGCCUCUUGAAACCAAGGAGCCUGGUAUUCGUGAUACUGAAAAUACCUCUUUCAUUUCGGGAAACGGGAGGCUUGUAAGUCCUCAGAAGCAUGCACCUGAAGGGACUCCUAGUGGUUGCACACCAGAUACUUUCAAGUCACCUUUGGAUUUUAACACAGUAACAGUAGAGCAAUUGGGAAUUACACCUGAAAGCUUUGUAAAGAACUCUUCAGGAAAGGCCUCAUCCUACCUUAAAAAAUCCAGAAGACGCUCUACAAUCGGCGCUCGGGGCUCCCCUGAAACAAACCAUCUUAUUCGUUUCAUUGCUCAGCAGCGGAGUUUAAAGACGGCAGAGAAAUCUUCUUUGACACAGAAUUCCCCUUUUCUGGGCAGUCCUGUACUAUAUCGAAAUGUUAAUUCUUUAAGGGAGCGCAUGUCUGCCUUCCAGUCCGCUUUUCACUGCAUAAAGGAGAAUGAAAACAUGAUUGACCGUCCUGAAUUCUCAGAGGCAGAAGGAGAGUUCAAGACCACAGGCUCAACCAAAAAAGAAAGUCUUGGUGAAUGUCAAGAAUCUGAGUUCCCUGCGAACUUAUCAUCCAAACGUCGAAGGAUAUCCUAUCAGAGCGACUUUGAUGAAAAUCUAACUGAUGCGGUUCAGAUAUUCAGUGGUGUCACUUCUCCUAAUACAGGCAAAAUGUGUGCUGUUGAAACUGCUCCUGCAGGUUUUUCUGAGAAAUCUUUUGAAUCUGGUUUAACACAGUCUGGAUAUUUAGUUGGAGAGUCUGUUUCACUUUCCGAGCUCACAGAGGCUUCAAGUGGAGUCAAGGUUGCUGAGUGUAUAGAGGGCAAAAGAGCUUGGGAUGCUGUUCCAAUUGAGAACUUUACAGAAGUGAGCACAGACAGCGUUCCCCAAGUCAGGUCCCUGGUCACUCCACAGUGUAAGAGGGACAUUCCAUCCUCUGAGACCUUUGUACUUCGUUCUGUGCUAAAGAAGCCCUCUGUUAAGCUGUUUCCAGAAGGCCUGCAGGAACACUGUGACAAUCUCUGUGAUGAUGGGACUCAUCCAAGCUUAAUCUCAAAUCUUGCAAACUGUUGCAAAGAACAAAAAGCAGAAGGUCAAGAAAAUUAUAAAGUGCCAGCUUUUCUAAAUAUCAGAAAGAGGAAGAGAGUUACUUUUGGAGAGGAUCUAAGCCCUGAGGUGUUUGAUGAGUCCUUGCCAGCAAAUACUCCAUUGCGUAAAGGAGGAACACCUGUCCGCAAAAAGGAUUUAAGUAGUAUCAGUCCCCUGCUACUUGAGCAAUCACCAGUUCCUGUGCAGUUGCAGUUAUCACAGCCAAAUUUUGAUGACAAGGGGGAGAAUCUUGAAAACAUAGAACCUCUUCAGGUAUCAUUUGCAGUUCUGAGUCCUCUUAGUAAGUCUUCAAUCUCUGAGACUCUUUCAGGAACUGAUACAUUUAGCUCUUCAAAAAACCAUGAGAAAAUAGCCUCCCAUAAAAUUGGUAGAAUAACACGGGCCUCUAACAGAAGAAGUCAAUUGAUCACUUUUGCAGAAGAGAAUGUUUGCAACUUACUUAAUACAGAAGCUCAGCCUUGUAAAGAAAAGAAAAUUACUAGGAGGAAAUCUCAGGAAAGGAAGCGCAUAGGAGGGGUACUUCCUAAAAAGAAUCAGGCUUUAAAAAGUUGCAGGAAGAAGAAAGCAAAGGGAAAGAAGAGCGUUCAGAAGUCUUUAUAUGGGGAAAGAGACCUUGCUUCGAAGAAGCCGCUCCUCAGUCCUAUCCCCGAGCUGCCUGAGCUCUCCGAGAUAAUGCCUCCCACUCCAGGCGCCGGCAGGCUGUGUUCAGAUGAUUUCAACUCCAACGGUGAACUUGAAGAAGCGAAGCUUCCUAAAAGAAAGACUCUUUUGCCCUACAACCCAGAAGAUUUGCAGAUGAAUCAAGGCUUUAAUAAAUAUGAUCUGUCUGCAUUCUGCAGCUCUUACAUGAAAAGUUCCUUGUCGCUUAUUAACGCUACUUUAGAUCAAGAUUUAAAUAUGAGUGCCGUAGCAACUAAUGAACAUAAAACUAUUCUAAAAGCUGAGAUUAAGUCGGAAGGCGAAAAUGGACUGAGAGCUGGCCCUGAGAGUGAAAGCAGUCAUGUUUCUUGUGCUCCUGUGACCGCAGAGCCCCUGGCAUCAGAUGAUGCAGAAUCCAGUGCUAUCCUGCCGUCCCGGGAAUUGGCUGCUGCUGGUCAAAAUGUGGAAAACCUUUUUCAAAUCUUUAAGAUUUCAGAAGAUGUGAACAUAAAGUGUGAAAAACAGGAUGACUUUUUAAUAGCUACGGGAGGAAAACUGCAGCCCAUGCACUUAACGUCUGACUUACAAAAUGAAGAGGUGUUAAGUGACAACGUAAAAGAAAGUAAAAGUCCGAGUGCGGGUUUGGGAAGAAACUCCAUAGAAGGUCAAAGUAGCACUGGUGUGAGUGGUGGAAAAAAGACGCAUAGAAGACGCUCUACGUGUUAUUCCGACGGCCAGAGUUUAUAUUUGGAGAAAAAUGGAAAUCACAAACCUCCCUACGUAGUGAGCAGCUCUCUAGAAAUUGGUUUAGAAAAUUCUGAACUGUAUAAAGAUUUAUCGGCCUCCAUAGAGCAAACCUUCCAGAAAACAAAUAGCGAAACAAAAGUAAGACGUAGCACAAGGCUGCGGAAAGAUUUGGAAGAUGAAGGGCUUGUAUGGAUUUCACUUCCAUUUCCUUCCACGUCCUGCACUUCCCAAAGAAUGAAAAGGAGAACAAUAUGUACGGUUGACAGCAGAGGAUUUGAAAGCCUGUCCCUCUCUCAAGAAACUGUGUCUUCUGGACAGAAACCGAGUCUGUCGCUCCCCAUAUCAGGUAAAGAAAACAAGGAGGGCUUUGCUGCCGGUUUUUCCCAUUUACCUGGGAAGAGGAGGAAGAGCCUCUGUACAUCUACACUCGCAAAUUCGAAAGAUACAACUCAGUCCAAGUGCUACAAAAGAAGAAUCUCUCUCAGCCAGAAGGGAGAGAGCUCUCUAAAGGACUUCGAAAGAAUGGGACAUGUCUGGGAACUAAAGCAGUAACUGACAUUUCCUAUGGAGCAUGUGACCGCAGAGAAGGUAACCAUCCGUGCUUAAAAGAUCCUUUCAUUCUGCUUCUCAUCCUUUGUUCAACUUCAGCGUUUUAAAAGUUUCAAAUAAAAUCAUUUGAGUUGAACCUAUUUUUAUGUAGAAAUAAGUGAAUUUCUUCAAAGGGGAAACGUUCUAUUAAAAAUGUUCUUCUCUCCCCAAAUAGUACAUAUUUACUGAAGCUUUCACAUUAGUACAUGUUUACUGAAGCUUUAGAGUCUCUUGUAAAAAACAUCAACCAUCUUUUAGGAUUGACUCAUUCUGUCUGCAGGAGAAGAGUUUAAAAAAUAAAAUGAUAGAAUUAAUGUAAUUUUACAAAAAUUGAAGGUAAUACAAGGUUAAACACUGUUAGAAAAUGAGAAAAGAUGUGUUUUUAAAAUGCUGCCCCUCCCCCCCAAAAAACUGGUUAUAAAUGUUAACAGGAAAGAUGGAAAUCAUAAGACUUGUUGGUUUAAAGUUGAGAAGCUUUAAUGAUUUGCUUUGUCUCAAAUGAAAAUUGUAUAAUAAUAGGUUACAAUCACAACUUAAACAUGGCAUUCUGUAAUUUUCUUUCAAUAAGAAUAUUACAAAUCUAGCAUUAUAAAAUGAAUAUAUAGUUUAUAAUUAACUAAGGUGAAAGCAUUUUGUCCUUCAAACAAGAUUCUUACAUGCUUCGUGGGGUGGGAGGUGCAGGAUUGGUUUUUGGUGAAAACAGAACAGUUUAGUUGAAUGAUCUUCCAGAUCAUUCCAAUUAGUCACAUUUAGGAUUUAUUCCAGGAAAUCCCAAAUUAGCAAUUUGGGAUUUAAUUCGUGGUUCUCCGUUAAAAAAUUUUUUUUAAUCCAGAAACUCUUAAGAAAGGGCCCUGGAAAAUUCUUUUUACUUAACAUGAAGUUGGGGGUGGUCUUUUUUAACAUGGUCUUUUCUUUUCCAGCAGUUCUCUUUAUUUCACAAUAUAUCAAGUACUAUCACUUGUUUUGGAUUUUCCAGUUACAUUUCAGCAGUGGCCUCUCCUAUCACUGUUUUUGAUGACAGCAGUUUGAAAAUCUAAAUUGCUAUAUAUCUGGGAUUUGUGAAUGCACAUAAAUCAUUGUAUCAUUAAACAAUUGUCUUUGAAAUCCUUUAAAUCAUUAAACUCUCCCUCUCCCUGAUAGCAGAAACAUGUUAACAAAUAGAGCUCUCUAUAAAUAACCCAACAGGGAAGAAAGCUCCUGCUGAGCGCCCAUUUCCCCUGCCUCAGAGAGAGACUAUUUGUUACCUUCUUGGCACCAAUAGGUCUGGAAGUCCUGCUGCUAAAGACUAAAUGUAUUUUACAUUAACGCUCAAAGUGAUCCCCAAUUUCUUCUGCUAAAGGGUGGAUUGUUUAAAAAAUUCUUUUAUCUUUACGCGUAAAUUAUUUAUGGGCUUUUUUCGCCUGGUUUAUAGUUUGGUAUGGUUGGCAAAUCUCUAUCACUGAAAACAAUCCCCCCCAACCUACCCCCUACCCCCAAAAAUGGAGCUUUUUGGUUUUGGUAAUUUAAAAAGAAAAAAGUAAAAACUUUCAGAAA